CCCCACCACCACUGCCGAAUUCUGUCUCUCCCUCUCUCUAAAAUCUAACAGCUUUCUCUGACUUGCCCAUUAAUGCCUACAUAAAGAAAAUCUAAAAUUUCACAUUUCUUUACCUUGGAAAAUCAUUUGAACCAUCCUUUCAUGUCCUUAGAGAGGGUAGAGACACCAAAAAUCAAAGCACAUGGGCAAGAAAAUGAAGCUUCCUUUUCUCUCCAAGAUUAACGCAGACUCAUCAAGUUCUUCAUCAUCAUGGCCUUGGCCUGUUUAUUGUCAACAACCCAAAACCCUCUCUUUCAGAACCAGCGAAAACAUGUUCAAGACCCUUAACUCUGCUUACAUAGAUGUGGGGGACACACCUGCUCAGUCUUGGUUCACCAACUCUUCUGAGUCUGCAAGUUUCUCCACAGCAUCUGAUGAGUCAGCUGGAGCUGAUGAGCCCUCCUUAGAGACAGUGAUUCAAGGUUUAAGGUCAGAGAGGCUGUUCUUUGAGCCUGGGGAGACUAGCUCAAUCUUGGAAGAAGCCAAGGCAGGAGGUGGUGAGCUUCCAUUUAAAGAGAGUGUGGUUUUGUCGAUGGACUCCCAAGACCCUUAUGUGGAUUUCAAGAAAUCGAUGGAGGAAAUGGUGGAGGCUCAUGGUUUAAAAGAAAGGGAAGGUCUUGAAGAGUUGCUUUGCUGCUAUUUGAAAGUGAAUGCAAAUAGCAAUCAUGGGUAUAUUAUUGGUGCUUUUGUAGAUUUGUUGGCAGGUCUUAGUUUUGCUUCUUCUACUAGUAGUGAUUCUUGCUCUUUCUACACUUCUUCUUUUUCCGAUGAUUCUCCUUCAACUCCUUGCUUAUCUUCAUUAAUCAGAAGCCGAUGAGGAGGAGAUUCAUGUAAGUCCCGGCUGUUUAUCUUUAUUAGAAGCUCAUAUAAUGAGAUUAUUAAAGAAAAUUAAACUAAAGAUGAUAAGCAUCAUCUUAGAUUGUUAA